CGCUAGAGGCAAACGUUGUUGACGCCAAGCGAAUGGGGCUAAAGUAGAUAUGUGUACGGGUUACCGCGGCGCCUCUGGUGAUUCACCACAGCAGUCGCAGGUCGCUACUGAACGCGGAAUGGCCUCGUUGGAUUCGCUCUUCAGCCUCGUCGUUUGUUUGCCGUGUGAUGCUUGUGCCUAUCGCGACUAGCAUUCGUGUGCUCCACUGCUCGAUUGAGCGUUUCCUGCCUGCGGCGGGAUUGUUGACACGUGUCAUCGGCGGCGAGGCGUGGGGACCUCUAAAAGCUAUGUCUGGUCCCAAGCCGAACGUGGUCUUCGUUCUGGGGCCUCCCGGUUCGGGCAAAGGGACGCAGUGCCAGAAACUAGUCGAGAGAUUUGGCUACAAGCACCUGUCAGCGGGAGACCUUCUGCGGGAAGAGAAAGGCACCCCGGGUUCCCAGUUUGGCGAAGUCAUUGACCAUCACAUUCGCAAUGGCACUAUCGUGCCUGUGGAGAUAACUUGCCGCUUACUGGAUCGGGCGAUGCAGUCAAGCGGGAAGAGUCACUUCCUAAUUGAUGGCUUCCCACGCAACAAGGACAACCUGGACGGCUGGAACCGGGAGAUGUCGGACCGGGUCAACCUGCAGUUUGUGCUCUUUCUCGAGUGCCCAGAGGAGGUCUGUGUCCAGCGAUGCCUCAGCAGAGGCCAGGCAGGCAGUGGUCGUACGGACGACAACAUAGAGAGUCUCCGCAAAAGGUUUAAGACAUACACAAAUGACACACUUCCAAUUGUGGAGUACUACGACAAGCAGAAUUUGGUCAGGCGGGCCGACACAAGCUGCAACGACCCCAACGAGGUCUUUAAAGGCGUUGCAAAGCAUUUUGAACCUUUCGAAUCCACCAAGUGAACAGAAGCAACUCGCGGCUGGGCAUGUCCCAUUGUCUGCAUAGUUGAGAUUACUACUUGUAUGUGAAAGGAUUAUGAGUAUUUUUUAGCCUUUUUUGGACAAACCUUGUGACAUUCUUGCUGUAAACUGGACAGUGUGAGAGCUAUGCUUCGAUUAAUGGCAUAGCAUGGCAUUUACAGUGUUUUCUGCCUUCCCGAAUCACUUGUUUAUUUCCGUGUGUGCUUUGCACUUUUGUACCCUGCAUCACGCAAUGGACCAAUCAUGAUAUGAGGAAUGCUUGUGAAGAAGUUAUGUUUUGCAUUGCUGGAGGCAUUUUUUAGGGUGGUAGGUAACUUACAAGACUGUGGACCCUUUUAGGAUAAGACGAGUUGGCCAAUGUUGUCCGCAAACAAUGUCUUAUUGGUGGCCCAGUCACGCUAGAGCAUCAGCAGAUGUCAGGUUACAUGUUCUUGUCGUUGAUGCUUCAGUGUGACAGAGACGCCUACAAUGUAUUUCCGGGCGAUGAUGUUGGCCAAUUUGUUUCCGGGUGCGACAGGGCCCUUAAGGGUCAGAAGUGCAAGAAAUAUAAGUGGCUGCAUCAGGAAAAGUGCAAAUAUAACAUUCAUUCGCCUUUCUUUUUUAUUGAAGACGAGAACAGCGCAAGACGGGUGUAUACUUUCUGCAUUACAUUGUUAGUGCAGGAAAGAUCAUUCUCGGCUUUCUGUUAUUCAUAUUAUUUAAGGCUGCCCACCAGAACAUAGCACUCUGUAGUGUGAGUUUCGAAAAGUGUAGUAAGGUGCUGUUAUAAUGUGCAAGUGUAGGGAGAUUCAGCUUUUUGUACAGGCCUUCGACCUAAACGGAUAACAAAUGCUGUGCUGUGAAAAAGUAGCAGUAAAAUGCUGGACGACUCUUAUCAUUCGUGAAAAGAUCAAAGGUUACUUUUGAAAAAUACCCAAGGAAGAUUUGUGACAAACCAGAAGCAAACGGAAGUUAGAACCAUCUGUGGGAACCACAAGUUUUGGACGACACAUUUCGUAAAUCUCUUUUGUAGAUAGGUCCACUUGGCUAAACACCAGUGCUAGACAUGAGAGUGCCCUUGUUCACUUCUGAGUUGUGCCUCAAAAAGGUGUGUAUCACAGAAUUUCCCCAUAUUUACUGUCGCCAGCAAAACACAUGUUGUCACUUUUUUGCUGACCAAUUCAAAUUUAUAGUUUCCUGCUAUUAAGAACGCAAUUUGUUUUUCGGUAAAAGUUAUGGCAAAGGACAGAUCACUUGGAGGGCCAGCUCAAAGAAUAUUAUGUGAUCUUCCUUUUCAAUAAAAUGAGCUGCAUGGGGCACUUCAUUCUAGUUUGGUUAGAACUAGGGACUGAAUUGAUGGCCUAUAUGUCUGCAACUGUAUGAGAUGUACCCAACUUAGCUGAAACAGACGAAUAUUUUGCUCAAACAUUUAUCCGGCACUGUAGGUAAUACAGAAAUGUCAGAAAAGCCGAGAGCCGUCUUUACCACCUUGCUGCUGAGACAAAUCGAAAACUUGUAUUCACUGCUUGAAAGUUAGUUAUUGAUCGAAAAUGGAUUGCCUUUCUUGGCAGAAGCAACCGAAUCUUUUUUUUUCAUUGAGUCACUCAGUGCCCGUUGCAAUAGCAGAUGACACAGCCGAGGCACCACCUGCCACGCUGCUCAAGCGCGAGUACCCACAUCAGGCACCUUGCAAUGCUUGACCCUGACUGUUCCCUCUAGAGUUCCGUAUAAAGUAUCGUGCAUUUGCCAAGCCUCAAGCAUACUGGGAUUGUGUGUGGUACCACGGAAGUUGAACAAGUCUUACAAUAUCUAUUUGAUUACAAGAGUGCAGGUUCUUUAGCGACCAAAGCGCAAGCUAAUGGUCACGGCCUUCAUUGCUGUUGCAAAAAAAAAAAAAAAAAAGAAGGCUGUUCAUUGAGCAAAUGAAUAGUUCUCAAUUUAUGGUAAUUGCAUUUCAAUCAUGUCAUGUUGCAUUAAUUUUAGUGAUAAUAUAUACAUUCAUAUCAUGACAGCAUGUUGUGUUUUUCACUGCUUGCAACUAGACAAGGUCUGCAGGGUGUGCAUGGUUGAUACCGUGUGAAAAAGCGAUUUGAUAGUGUAGCGUGGAUGAUUCUACAGCCACAUCUUCUGCUCUGAGACUAGUGCACCGUAUUUGUACGCACAUAACCUGCAGCCAGAGAGAAAGUUUGGUUUCAGUUGGGUUUGGGUGCAUAACCAGGUGCACCGGUUGCGCACAGAUACUGCAUUCAAGCACAACUUUUUGGCAGCACAACUUUCAUUGAUGCAAAAGACAGAUUUACCGUUAAAAGGACACACACAAAAAAGGAGACAAGAGGAACAGUCUGUGUGUGUCCUAUUAGCAGCAAAUGUGUAUUUCGAACAACUAGGCCAAGAAGCAGUCCUUUUGACAAUAACUGUUGUGAAUCUGCACCCGAGCUGUAAAUCUCAACUCGUCAAUAGAGAGCUGUAAUUCAGGUGGCAAGAUAACAUACAUAAGCAUAUUGUUUAAAGAGCAUUUUUUUUUUUUUUGUGCUGGCAAAAUGCUGGUUUACUUUUAUAGAAAUAUAUGAACAUAGACCCAUGUGCAUUUCUAGAACAGUUCUUUUCUUUCAAACUGUUUCUUUAAAUACACAAAGCUGUGAGUGUUUUAACGCUCUUGCAGCUUUUUGUAGUAUGCAGCCCAAAGCAGGGAGCAUGACACUGCAGUACUUACUAAAAGCUCUGUCUUGGACUUUCAAAUUUGUGCUACAAAAGUAGGAGGCAUUGAUUCUAUUACCAGUAUUGCUCUGUUUAUGAUGCAAUUAUUUUAUGUCUGUGCUGUAGGUCAUAGCAUUGUAUUGCUUGUACAAUAAACCUCUUGUGCUGUGUAGAA